AUGACCUCUCAGGGAGGCGAGAUUCGCAGGCAUCCCUGUCACGGGGGCUUGUUGGGUCUCUGUACCGCUAGCAGCAACACCAGCAACAACAACCUGCAGCAGCAGCAGCAGCAAGACAGCUACCCCCAUGCCACUGCCCUAGCACAAGGCGACCACUUGCAGCAGCAGCAAGACUAUUUGUGGGCUGAGGCGUACAGCAUGAGCAAUGCAGAGGGGCCUGUACUGUCUGGACAGGAGGUGCCUGCACCACACCACGUGCAUUGCAGUUGCAGCUGCUGCUGCAUCUACUGCUACAAAGGACAGGGGGAUCAAUACGCCUCUGAAAUUAAGCAACACGAGGUAGAAACUGACGGCUUCGACGCUUUGAUCUCCUCCCAUGCACUUCCUUGCGAGCAGCAGCAACACCAGCAAACAAGCGAAGCCGUUGAGUUCUGCCCUUGUCACCAUCACUGCCAGCAGCAGCACCAGCACCAGCAACACCACCACCAUCACCACCACCACCAUCACCAUCACCACUCUGGAGUUUCUCAAGUUGCACAGCUGGCCGUCAGUGCCCCCAACGUUUCGUCUGCCGAUGAGCAGGCAGCCAUGCUGCCCCCCCCUUCUGAAAAGGAAGAAGACGAAGAGCCUGUGGAGUACGAGUACUAUGUGUGGGACCCAGUAGCUCAAGAAUACUUACAGACUGACAGACAAACAGGGGAGAAAAUGCUGCAGGACCCGCAGUACUUCCAAUACCACUACCGACUUGUUGAAAAUACACAAGACGGCGAAGCUGUGCUGUUACCUGAACCCGUAAAUGCUGUCGUUGGACCUUGGAGCGAAGACCUGCAGGGCGUGAUGCAGCAGCAGCAACAACCGGUUCCAGUGGGGCUUUACAAUGUGCAGCAGCAAGAAGAUUACCCAAUGAAUCUUUAUCAUCAUCAACAAGGGGGGCCCGCCGGUCCUCACCACGACCAGGAAGAGGCCACAUGCUUUGUUAGUGCUGCACACUUAGAGGAGGGAGGCGGAAGGAACAGCUCUCGAUUCAGAGGCCCUCAAGAUGGUGGUGUGUCGUUGCAAACCCCCAACCCAUUACAGCUGACGACACCCCGACAGGACCCCUUAGUGCGGCCCAUCUCAUCACAGAGCCGCUGUAAACAAAAACAACAACAAGGCCUCCGAAGAAACUGCGUCGCUCUUGAAAAGGAAAAUUGCCCACAGCAAACCACCUGCAGCGCACACCCCACUUUAAACGACUGGGACACUUCUCCUCUCACAGGCGACGUUGAGCGCUGGGGCGCGGGUGGGAGCUCCAAUCUUUUUCACCGUCGAGGCAACGGAACGCCGAGAGCUAAAGGCGUCGACCGCAAGUCAAUGCGGAUGGAGGCCAUUAAAUCAAAUCCCCGGUUUUUCAUCUCCUGCAGCAGGCCGUGGGAAAACCCUUCUACAAGCAUGCGAUUCAGGGAUCUGCAACUACGACAACUGAGACAUUUGCAGAGAGUGCAGGAGUUAGAGAGAGAUGAACUGCUUAAACGACAAGUUAUGCUCGAUGAAAUGGCAGCGGCACUUCCCAAGUCAUCGCAGGAACUUCUGAAUGCAGAAAGCAGCCGAGCUUGGCGAGACCCAAAACGCCCCGCUAACGAUGGCCGAACAAAGAAUUGCAGUCGAACCUCUACUCAGGGGCACCUACGUGAAACAGAACGCCGAACUCGAACAGAUCCUGUUAAUAGAGGACGCUACUUUAGGGAUGUGUGGAAAAGUGACAAGUUUCUAGAGCAACAAAAACAUCCAACAUUCGACGUGAAGGCAUACGAUGCGUGGUUGAAAAACAGUGGACAUCUUAUUAGAGGCAGGGCCCUAGAGCUGCAGCAAGAAGAGCAAAGGUUACUCUCCAAGCUACAGCAGGAAAGAAGCACCCGUGUAAAGCGAUGCGGGCACUGA